AUGACAGUCAGCAUGUCUGCAAGUGCGCUCUACAGCCGAUUCAGGGGGCUCGAUGCCAACAAAGAUGGACUUUUGGAAUGGGAGGAGUUCUAUGAGUGGAUCUCCGAGGACGACUGCGACAUGACACGAGGAAAGGCUGAGCAGAUCUUCCAAAAGGUCGACAGCGACGGCGACGGGAAGUUGUCCUUCGGCGAGUUCGUGAAAUGUUGCAAAGACUUCAUGGGCAUCCAGCUUCUUGAACCCAAGCAAGAAGAGCCGGCUCCUCCUGCCCCAGCUGCCCCUGCAGAGCAGGCUGAACAGCUCGAGCAGACCAUCCAGCCGGUCCAGCCCCAAAAGGCGGUUGAGGAAGUCCAUGCACCGGUGAAAGAAGCGGUUGUGCCGAGGAAGAAGGAGAAGACGUCCUUCAUCAAGUACGACUUGAACCGCAACGGCACACUCGACUACCAGGAGCUGUGCAAGUUGCUCCGUCGCGGCGAUCCAAACUUGACGGACAUGGAGGUGCAGGCCUUGUUCGAUGCCCUUGACAAAGACAAGGACGGGAAUGUGGGAUUUAACGAGCUGUCGGAGUACUUGCACCCACCUGGCGCAACCUUCGAGCACUCUACCUGGCGAAAGAAGCUGCGCACUGCUUUCAACCUCUCGUGUCCUGGUCCCGCAGACUACGUUGGCAAUGACAAGGCCUUGGCGGGCAAGCGCAACGCUCCGCGGGCUGUGAUCCCAAGCCAGCGGAGAAUGACCGACCACGGCGUGAACAGCCUCUCCCCUGGCCCGGCUGCCUACAAGGGAAACCACACGGCCAGCGCCUUCCACAAGAACGCCUACUCCGCCACUUUCGGCACUGCCCCGAAGGGCAUGGGCUCUCGCUCCCCUUCUCCAGGGCCGGGAUCGUAUGUGCAAAAUUUCUCAGUUCUCGCCCAUCAAAAGCAGGGCCCGCGAGCCACAAUUGGAGCUGCAAGGCGGGCACUCUGCUAUGAGGGCCAUGUGGAGCCAUCACCGGGCCCUGCCACCUACUGCACAAACGUCCAGCACAAGGUGAAGGGCGGGAACUACUUCGGCGUGCCGGGACGCAUGUCAUUGCCCGACCUCCCCUACGAGAAGCGGCAGUUCGCCAGCUGUGACGCAAACAAGGAUGGAACCUUGGGCGCGGAUGAGGUUUACAGCAUUUUAUGCAAGGCAGACCCCAGGAUCUCCGCAGCGGAAGCAAAGCAGAUCUUCGACUCGUGUGAUCGUGACGGUGAUGGCAAGAUCAACUUCGACGAGUUGAGGGACUACCUCCACCCAGUGAGUGCCAACGAGAACACGGCCUACAGAAAAGUGAUGAGAGAUGGCUUCUCCGUCAAGUCCCCUGGCCCGCUCGACUACGAUACCAUUGGGCCACGCAACUCGAAAAUCCGAGGCGGUUCAAUUGGCCGGGCUCGUCGUUGA